AUGCAAACGGUCACCGAUACACUGUCUGAAUGCUCGACGCUCACGGCGACUCAUCAGUCGCCAGAGGGCCUUGUUGUCGCCGAGCGCAACCCCAAGAAGCACAAGAGACGAAGGGACCACUCAGAUCCAUCUCUAUCAUCGCCAAUAGUCAAUAGCAGACAAGACAUGCAAGCUGAGGCGGAACUUCUUUUCCCAGAUUCUACACAAUGGAGGACUCCUUCAGAUACACCAGUCCACGCCUCGUCGCAUUCCGUGGUACCAGAUUCCCUGGCCGUCGAGGACAACCUAGAAGACGCAGACAUGGAAGAUGACAGGUCAGUACCCAGUAACCCGGUAAUCCCGAUUUCAGAAGAAGAAAAAGAAAGAAUCCGAAGACCUUGGCGUCGUUCUCUGAUUAUUAGAAUUUUGGGUAGAAAGGUGGGCUAUUCUUACCUGCUCCAACGCUUGCAGAAGAUGUGGAAACCGGAAGCAUGUUUUGACUUAAUCACUUUAGACCACGAAUAUUAUAUUGUUAGAUUUGAAUCACAGAGGGAUUACGAUUUUGCCAAAUUUGAAGGCCCUUGGAGUGUUCUUGACCAUUAUGUGGUUGUCCAAGAAUGGGUUCCGAAUUUCUGUCCGAAGAAGAACAAAACUAAAAAGUUACUUGCAUGGGUCAGAUUUCCUACACUACCAGUAGAAUACUUUGAUGAACAAUUCCUAAUGAAGAUUGCAAAAAGAGUAGGUCGCCCUAUCAAGAUUGACACUACCACAAGCCUAAUCUCCAAAUGCAGCUUUGCUUGGGUCUGCGUAGAGAUAGAUAUUUCGAAACCUUUAUUAUCCAAGUUCACCCUUGAGGAAGAAGUGUGGCCGGUAGAAUAUGAAGGAUUGCAUCUUGUGUGCUUUCAAUGUGGUCUCUAUGGCCAUAAAGAAAAUCAAUGUGGCCCUGGUACUGCUCAAAACGAGCAUGACCAAACUGUAAACAAUGAUAUUAGGGAGCAAGGCUUACCCGAACAAAGGAAUGACUACUCUGCGAACUACGGACCAUGGAUGCUUGUCACAAGGAAAGAUCGAAGAGGACCACGGAGGGUGAUAAUCGAGCAACUUCCGGUGGACAACCGGCCGGGGGAAGAACGGGUGGUAAUAGUAGGAGUAACCAAUCACGCUAUGUACCAAGGAACAGAAGGCGAGGAGCACCCCAUCAAAGGUCAUCAAUCCAGCCCCAUCAUCCAGAACUUGGAUGUCCCUCUACCAAGAAUUCGAACAGAUAGACGAAAGGGCAAAAACCCUGUCAAUUACCCUCAGAACCAAGCUCUUCCUGCGCAAAAUGAAAUAGGCCAGAACCAACCACAAUCUUACACUGGACCGCUUCGACGAGGUGCGUUUAGAGGCAGUGGUGGUAGAGGUGGUACACCAAGGAGGGCAGCAGCUGAAACCGAGCAUCCCGUGGUUCGUGUAUCCAAUCAAGGCCGCCAUAUUACUAGCACAAUUGUUUAUCACAUCGGCAAUCAACAUGAGUUUCCAACUCUUCAAGAGAAUGAGGUUUCUCCUAGGAAUGAUCCUCCGGAUAUACCCUCAACUUCAGCUCCCCAGAUUGAUCAUCAUGUUGAUGCAAUGAUUUCUGAUGGCCCUGAUGGCCCGGUAGACCCUACAACCACAAAAUCCUGGUUGCUCUCUGUUGUGUAUGGUAGCCCGAAUGCACACCUUCGUAAAAAGUUGUUCGCAGAUCUCACAUCUGAUAGUCAUCACCCAGAUAUCCCCUGGUUAGUAGUAGGUGAUUUCAACUCAGUGUUAAGCUCGGAUGAAACCAGCAGCCCCGAAAACUUCUCCUUAAAUCGCAGCUCUGACUUCAAAAACUGGAUUUUCCGCGAGGGUCUAAUUGAUUUAGGCUUCACCGGUUCAAAAUUCACGUGGAAACGAGGAAUUGAUACCCCAUCCUUCAAAGGGGCAAGGCUAGAUAGGGCACUUGGCAAUAUAGCAUGGAAGAUUAGUUUCCCAAAUUCGUUGGUCGAACAUCUACCAAUGAUCAACUCGGACCACUCCCCAAUUUUAGUCAAUUCCAAAUCUGUAUCUCAGGCUCCUUCAACCAAGUCGUUCAGGUUCAAUCUUGCCUGGUCCACUCACCCAAGCUUUAUAGAUUGUGUUAAACAAGCUUGGUCCAAAUGGGGCAACUUGGAAUCUAACAAAACUGCUAUGGCUAAAUCCUUAGCAGCAUGGAAUAAAGGUACAUUUGGCAACAUUUUUCAUAAGAAAAAAAAAUUAUUAGCUAGAAUAAAUGGUGUGCAACGCUCUUUGGCUAUUAGACCAAGGGCAGAUUUGAUUAAGCUUGGCAGAAAAUUACGUACUGAACUUGAGGAUGUCUUAUACCAAGAAGAGCUCUUAUGGUUUCAACGGUCGAGGGAGGAAUGGAUCGAAUCAGGAGACCGCAAUACUCAUUUCUACCACACAGCCACUGCUACAAAAACAAAUUCUGCUAGUCUUAAACAUAUUAAAGAUGAGAAUGGGCAGCACCUUACCUCCGACACUCAAAUCAGAGAUCACAUCUUUAACUUCUUUGUCAACUCUUUUUCAGAAAAUUGUCCUUUUGUCUCUUCGAAUCUACAGUCUUCACACUUCACCGCUCAAUCGUUCUUCUCCGCCAUCAUCGUUCACACCUCCACCGCGACUCCACCUUCACCGCUCACACAGUCACACCUCCACCUACUCACCCUCCCUAUGAGCAAAUGGCAGAAAUAG